GGUUCGGAUCGUCUCUGAACGUACACGCUGGUGCUGCUUUUUCUGCUUGGGCGCAGUUUUAGCAACUGGUCAUCUGUGAUUUAUUUCGGAACCCAUAUAACACAAUCUUUGCGAUAGUUUAGAGCAGUCUUGAGUCUAGCCUUUCUAAGAUUCGACUGCAGCGGCCGAGUAAGAGCUUGCAAGCCAUGGAGACGGAAGCCCAGAAGUACGAGAUUGACCUUGGGAAUCUGAUGGCGUUUGAUCCUCAUCUCAGCUUCUCUUCUCUUCCCUCUGACAGGGAACAACUAGUUACAGAAUGCCUCCAGAAAGGCACGGAGCUUGUCCAAGCAAUUGCGGAUGUUCUUUUCAACUUACCUUCAACAGAAGACAGAGAUGGGCCUAUUGUACAACUACCUCCACCAACAACAAGAUUACCUAGGGAAAAGCAUCUUCCAAAACCUCAGCCACUUACGAAGUGGGAACUGUUUGCCAAAAUGAAAGGUAUAAAGAAGCACAAGAAAGACAAGAUUGUGUUUGAUGAACAAACCGGUACUUGGAAGCGGCGCCAUGGCUAUGAUCGUGUUGAUGAUGACAAGGAUGUGCCCAUCAUUGAGGCCAAGAUGACUGAUGAGCCAGGAGAGGAUCCAUUUGCCAAGAGACGGGUAGAAAAGAAGAAUCGAGUUGAGAAGCAAGAAAAGAACCGGUUGGGGAAUUUGAAAAAAGCUGCAAAAGUUGGUGCCUUGCCUAGCCAUAUUCAACUAGCUGCCACCGCACUGCCCAUAACAGGAACCCAAAGUGCACCAAAGAAAGUCAGUAAAGAUGAGCUGGAGAAUGUGGCUGGAAUGGCUGCCACUGCAACAGCUAGUGGUGGGAAGUUUGACAAGAAACUUCCAGGAGAGAAAUCAGCAAAACAUCCUGGAAAGUAUCGCAAGUUCCUCCCCGUAGUUGAAGGAUCAGGAAUGGGUUCACAAGAGAAGCAGCAAACGGAAAAGGUCCUCAACAAGCUAAUCGCCAAGCACUCUCAUGAAAUACUUGAUGUUGAUAAGGCUGUAACGAUGUUCAAUGUGAGGAAAGAGAAAAGGAAUCAGCGAGGGAAGUCUUCUUCGAUGUCAGACAAAUUGAAGCCAAAAAAGAACUUCAAUAAAAAAUCAUCAGACAAAGGAUUUUCAAAGAAGGGACCAUCAAAGAAGGGAUCAUCAAAGAAGGGACAGACAAAAUGAAAGUGAACUUGUAUGGAUAAUGUGUAAGGUAGGUUUGCAGAGCUUUUUGAGUUCCAACAAAAAAAAAGGGUUGUAACCUGUUUAGUACAAAGUUGGCUAAGUUUUGUUUUUUUGUUUUUUUUUGUUCUAUUAUUCCAUUUUAAUGUUUUAACUUUUAUUUUUGGUUGAAAAGAAUCUAGCCAUUGGGGUGUCA